AUGGGUGGAAAAGCGGAGAAAGGUACACCAAAGUAUAUAGCGAAUAAAAUAAAAGCGAAAGGACUCCAGAAACUGAGGUGGUACUGCCAAAUGUGUCAGAAACAGUGCCGCGAUGAGAAUGGGUUCAAAUGCCACACCAUGUCGGAAUCCCACCAAAGGCAACUGCUGCUGUUCGCUGAUAACGCCAAUAAGUACAUAGAUGAAUUCUCCAAGGAGUUUGCAGAUGGUUACGUGGAGUUGCUGCGAAGGCAGUUUGGUACGAAGAGGGUGAAUGCAAAUAAAGUUUAUCAGGAGUACAUAUCACAUAGGGACCAUCUUCACAUGAAUGCUACACAGUGGGAAACUCUCACAGAGUUUGUGAAGUGGCUCGGACGUGAAGGUAAAUGUGUGGUUGAUGAAACGGAGAAAGGUUGGUUCGUAGCAUACAUUGACAGGGACCCGGCCGCUGUCGCUGCAAUGGAAGCUAAAGCUAAGAAGGAAAAAAUGGACAAGGAUGAUCAGGAGAGAAUGCUAGAGUUUAUACAGAAACAAGUCGAAAGAGGUAAAAAGCAAACCACAAGAAGCGAAACUGAGCCCACAUAUACGGAGUUUAAGAGAGAGAGUAGUCAGGAAAAGGUUACGUUAAGUUUGAACUUGAAGAGGAAAACUGAAGAAAAUAAACCAGAGACACUGCAGACUGUCUCUUUCAAGUUGAAGGGAAAAGAUAAAGAUGAGAAAGAUGGUUCAUCUACCUCCAGUAAAAGAGUUAAGACGGAGGAGGGCAAGAGCAGGACAGCGUUAGAAGAAGUCAUGGAAAUGGAGGAGCGAGCGAAAGAGAGAGCCAAUCGCAAAGACUACUGGCUAUGUGAGGACAUAAUCGUCAAAAUCGUGACAAAAUCACUCGGCGACAAGUUCUACAAGAAGAAGGGCACCAUAGAGAAAGUAAUAGACAAGUACGGAGCGCAAGUCAAGCUCAUAGACGAGAACGUCAAGUUAAAACUGGAUCAGAACCAUUUGGAAACAGUUAUCCCUUCACCGGGCAGACAAGUUAGAUUCGUGAAUGGUGCAUACAGAGGUCUUAUUGGAAUAUUAAAAGAUGUCGACACAAAAAGCUUUUGUUGCCAAGUAGAGUACACAUUUGACAAUGACAUUUCGGAUUCGCAAACGUUACGAAUUCGAUAUUGGUUCGUGCUAAGGGAGGAGCUCGAUGGCGCAGGUGGUUAG